GAUCACAAUACUUCCGAGAAUGAUUUUCAACCAAAUUAUACUGGUAAAAUAUCGAUUGGUUACCCUGAAACAUAUUUAAAAAUAGAUUUAUACUGGCCACAAGAGGUCCUUCAUCCAGUUCGCGACACAUAUGCAAUAUUACAAUCUGUCAAAAUGUUUACACAUCAGCCCAUCCUAAUCCCAACUCCACAAAAUAGCCCAGCCUAUAAACAAACCAACAACUCAGGAGACUCGACAAAUAAAUACACGGGAUUGGGUCGUUUUAAAAUUGGACAUUUUAAAAUUGUACAGGUUCGCAGCAUUCAAAAAUGGCAAUUAAACAUUAAAAUUAGUCCUUUGCGAAAUAUGCCUGCCAUGAGGAAAGGAAAUGCUUUUACGAGUGGUGGAAAGAUGCGAGGUGUUGUCGCCAAGCCUUACAAAUGGUGUUCCUAUUUUGAGACAUAA